AUGUCAGUAAUGGAACGAUUAGAUAAUGGUCUCUACGAAGAAUUACAUCGAGAAUUAAUUCUUCGACCGACAAGACGAGAAAGAGAAAAACAACAACAACAAAAAGACAUGAUCUCUAAUCCGAAUCAAUUAUCAUCCAUUCAAACUGAACAACAACGAGAAUGUUGGAAUAAGAAAGAGAUUCGUGUUCAUUUUACUUUUGAAAGUUGUCCAAUGUUAGACUCUAAGUACCAAUUAAGUCGAUUAUGGCAGAAAUAUUCUAUUUAUCCUGGUUCACCUAUGAAAAAUGUUACUUUGCAGAUAAGUACAACCACUAAUAAAUCUCUCAGUCAAUUAUUAAUCAAGAAAAAGCCACCCAGAUCAAUGUUAAUCAACGUUGAUUCGACAAAUACCAAAUUAAUAAAGAAACCAAACUACACAUCGAAUAAUUCAUCAUAUCAUUCAUAUUGUUCUCCCUGUUUAGAAGACAAAAACAGAGUUCAUUCAAUAGAAAACUGCUUACUCAUUUUGCUUAUCAAGAAAGCAUGCGUGUUUCCAGACAGUUUUCCUCAUGCAUAA